UUUGUCAUUUGUGAUGCAUCAUACUCAGACUUUCAAAUGCCUUACUCAAUUUCAGCAUGUUGACAGCUGGCUUCACCGCUUACCGAUAUUCGGAUCUCUAUAAAGCAACUGCGUUCUGGAAAAUGGGGAAAAAGUUAGUGAAGUUGCCGGCGACUGAAGUUGACAUGACGGCCGCUAAGUAUACGACUCAAAGAGUUCAAGCUCCACAUCUGACUGGAUUUUGGUUGAAGUUAUUUGUCAUGUUGAUUGAAGCACCAAUUAUUGGUUCAAUGAUCUUGAUUCUCUUGAAGAACAAGAACCGAAUAACCGAGAUAUUGAAGAAUACUGUGAUACCGGAGGCUCCCAUGUUUAUACCUGAAUUUCCUCCUAAAGAGUCAGAACCUGAUAUUUUUUGCUUGGAAGAAGAUGGGAAACCUGAAGAACGCGUUGAGUUAGCCUUGCAGUGUCUUCCAGAUUACAAUCCAGGCUGUAUUUGGAUUACUGAUCCAACCGCACCAUUUCGCUAUUGGAAGAUUCGUGAUUACGCAUAUGCUUACAAAUCUAAGCUUACAACUCCAUCUCAGGUAGCAGAGCACUUCAUCUCAGCUAUAGAAGAGUCUAACAACAAGAAUCCACUGGCACCGCUACUGAUUUCUUAUGAUCCUGAUGAAGUCAAAAGGCAAGCUGAUGCUUCCACACAGAGAUUUAAAGAAGGAAGUGAAUUAUCAAUCCUGGAUGGUAUCUUCAUAGCAGUUAAGGAUGACAUUGAUUGCUAUCCAUAUCCAUCAAAGGGUGGAACAACAUGGUUUCACGAGCUUCGUCAAGUGAAGAAUGAUGCUGUCUGUGUCUCAAGAUUACGAAACUGCGGUGCAGUUUUGGUCGGAAAGACAACUAUGCAUGAAUUGGCCCUGGGAACAACUGGAAAUAAUGCGAAUUUUGGGACAACCAGGAAUCCACAUGCUCCAGAUAGGUACACAGGCGGGUCUUCCUCAGGCUCUGCAGCUAUUGUAGCUUGUGGAUUGUGUUCUGCUGCAUUGGGAACAGAUGGAGGAGGUUCAGUUCGGAUUCCUUCUUCCCUUUGUGGUGUGGUGGGCUUGAAAACAACAUAUGGAAGGACUGACAUGAAAGGGUUGCUAUAUCAUAGUGGAACAGUGGCAAUUGUUGGACCUAUCACAGCAACUGUUGAGGAUGCCAUACUGGUGUAUGCUGCAAUUUUAGGAUCUUCUCCUGCUGAGAGAGUUUCUUUGAAACCGGCCCUCCCUUGUUUACCAAAUUUAAGUUCAUAUGAGAACUGGUGCUCUACGGGAUCACUGCGGUUGGGGAAGUAUACUGAGUGGUUCAAUGAUGUUUUCUCAACUGAAAUAUCUGAUAAGUGUGAGGAUAUUCUAAACCAGCUAUCAGAAAAACAUGGGUGCAAAACGAUAGAGAUUGUAAUACCAGAGUUGCAUGAGAUGUUCAUUGCACAUGUUGUUUCGAUUGGCUCUGAAGCAUUAUCUCAGCUGAAUCCUGACCUUGAGGAUGGGAAAUUAGCAAGAUUAACAUAUGACAGUCGGAUAAAUCUGGCACUUUUUCGAACAUAUUCAGCGUCAGAUUAUAUUGCUGCCCAGUGUCUUAGGCGAAGGUUAAUGCAUUUCUACAUGGAGAUUUUCAAGAAGGUGGAUAUCAUUGUGACACCUACUACUGCCAUGACGGCGCCCAUAAUAUCACCAACUGCACUUACAGUUGGAGAGACCAAUAUGUGGGUUUCAGGAAGUCUUAUGCGGUUCGUAUUAGCAGGAAAUCUUCUGGGCUUUCCUGCAAUUUCUGUCCCUGUUGGCUAUGACAAGCAAGGACUUCCCAUAGGCAUGCAGCUCAUUGGGCGUCCAUGGUGUGAAGCAUCCAUUUUGCGCUUGGCAGCUGCCAUAGAGGAAACUUGUGCUGGGCCUAAGAAGAAGCCGGUGCAGUUUUAUGAUAUUUUGAAAGGGAACCUGAUGUGAAUUUUGGGAUUUGAGCUUAUGCAUUGGUGGCGCUUCUCAGAAGGCAUAAAACUGUAGAAGUGGUUCAUCUUCUGUAAUAUUGAAUUAUAGCUUUUGUUGCCAUGAAGUAAACCUAAUCUGUCUAAGCUGGGGGGCCCUGAAUGAGUCAUGUGGAAAUGAGAUUAAUGUUCAAUAAA